GAGACGAGGCUCCAGCAUCAUUAGAAAUCUCCCAGUAAUAGACGGUUUUCUUGAGUUACCAAUUAAGCAAAUAUGAAUCAGUUAGAAGAAGAAUGGAGACAAUUACAGGAUGAACAGGACCAUAUAAAGGAUGAACAAAACCAGCUACUGCUCGAGAGGAAUCAAGUACCGGCUGCACAGCAAGCAAUCAAAGCAAAAUACGAACAGCUAAAGGCAGCUUGGAAGAAAACUGUGGCAUUGCAAAGUGAAGUCAUGAAUAAGAAAAGAAAAGUGUGGACCACAGUGAAGCCCUUUAUGGCUCAGUAUGCAACACAACUUAUCUCGUUGCUCUUAAUUGGAAUGGUUUUCACUGGCUACAAAUUGAGCAGUGAAGGGACUCGAUUAGAACAUGAAUGGAGACGACUACAGGAUGAACGAGACCAACUACUGCUCGAGAGGAGGCAUCUACUGGCUGCACAUCAAGCAAUCCAAGCAGAAAACACGCAGACAAAGACGGCAUGGAAGGAAAUUGUUACACUGCAAAGUGAAUUUAUGGAAAAGGUUAUAGAUAAGAUGGUUUUCAAUGGCAACAAAUUGAGCAGUGAAGGGACUCGAUUAGAACAUGAAUGGAGACGACUACAGGAUGAACGAGACCAACUACAGGAGGAACGAGACCAACUACUGCUCGAGAGGAGGAAUCUACUGGCUGCACAUAAAGCAAUCCAAGCAGAAAACAAGCAGACACAGGCGGCAUGGAAGGAAAUUGUUACACUGCAAAGUGAAUUUAUGAAAAAGGUUAUAGAUAAGAGGGGAAAUAAAGGCCCAAUGGACGGCGAUGAGGACUGGAGCUUCUACAUGAGGACAGCAAUGAAGGUUUUGGAUAUAGCUGCUCAGUUUGUCCCAUUAGCAAAAUACUUUGUUUAAGCUAGAGAAAAAUUAUACCUAAUAAUCAAAAAUAUGUGUACCUGGGUAAUUGUAAUAACCAUAUACUCACUCGCUCCACCCCGGCAUUUAAAGUGAAUUUGUCAUAUAUUUUUUAUAGUAGUUACAGCUAUGCUCCAAAUCUCCAGCAUAAACAUUGCCAAAAUUCUGUCUGUCUGCAGCCAGCACUAGAGGGAGCUCCGGAGUUUACUCCCUACUGUGUAUGCAGUAAGCUCCCUCUAGUGGUGGCUGCAGAUAGCAAGAAUGUCAUCAUGUACUGUUAUAGUUGUGUGAAAGGAAACUUUUGGGAAAGUUUUGGAUCUCUGUAAUCAGAUAUAUCUUCGACCAUAUGAAAAUAUACAAAAAGGCUCAUAUUAGCAGCUACAAUCAGUACCCAAUUAGCGCAUGCUGUACUUGGAACAGUCUGUCAACAGAUCUGUACCUAUGACACCGGCUGACCUGUUACAUGUGCACUUGGCAGCUGAAGGCAUCUGUGUUGGUC